AUGGAGCCUGAAUGUGAAGCAGACGAAGGACCAGUCUUCUUCUCCUUCGAGAGCAAUCAGAGCAAUGGCUUUCUCAGUCCAGCGUUCCUUGGUUCCUUCCAACACGAGAACACUGAAUACAAUUGCAGUGAGCAGUUCUUCCAAGCAAAAAAAGCAUUAUGGUUCGAGGACGACAGUGGGCUAUAUGAGGCCAUAGUGAGCGCGACAGAUCCUCAAGAACAAAGGGCUAUAGGCAAGCACAUCGAAGCCAAUAACCCCUUCUGGUCACGUAGCUGGGCGACGACAUUGGCGUAUCGAGUUAUCAUGCUUGCAGCGUGUCUGAAGUUUACGGUUUCAGAACAUGCACAGAUGCUUGCACAGAAGCUCAUCGCUACGGGACAUCGAGAGCUUGUUAUGGCAGAUCCAGAUGACGCGUUCUUGGGUAUUGGGUUGGACAGGGUUGCAGCGACCGCACAUAUUGAGCCUUGGCCUGGAAGGAAUCUGCUGGGGGAAGUGUUGAUGGAUUUGAGGUUGAGCUUGAGGGUGGAGGCAAGUUUGCGGGAAGAGAGGAAGGUGUUUUCGAUGGCGAGGUUUCGGGUAACUUGCCCUGCGGCGUCGUCUUCUCAGACUGAAGUAGCAGAAGAGACAGAGUAG